UGAAGUCCAUUGGAAAUCGCUAAAACCCUACUCUCUAAACAGCACACAUUCACGGCCAGUUGGACGUGGUGGAUACUGAUUGUUUCAUCGACGAUUGAGGUAGAAAACAUCUGUUAUAGAUAUGGCAACCUUUGCUAAACCAGAGAAUGCAUUGAAGCGUGCUGAAGAGCUGAUCAAUGUUGGGCAGAAACAAGAUGCAUUGCAAGUGCUUCAUGAUCUUAUCACAUCGAGGAGGUACCGUGCAUGGCAGAAAACACACGAAAAGAUUAUGUUAAAGUACAUUGAGCUGUGUGUUGACAUGAGGAGGGGAAGAUUUGCCAAGGAUGGCCUGAUUCAAUAUCGAAUAAUAUGUCAGCAAGUUAACAUCAAUUCGUUAGAGGAGGUCAUCAAGCACUUUAUGGAUCUUUCAACCAAGAGGGCCGAGUUGGCACGUAGUCAGGCACAAGCUUUAGAAGAAGCUCUAGAUGUUGAUGACUUGGAAGCUGAUAAAAGACCAGAAGAUUUGAUGUUGAGCUAUGUUAGUGGUGAGAAGGGAAAGGAACGUUCAGAUCGGGAGCUUGUGACCCCUUGGUUUAAGUUCUUGUGGGAGACGUAUAGAACAGUCCUGGAAAUUUUAAGGAACAACUCCAAAUUAAUGGCUCUGUAUGCGGAUACCGCACAUCGUGCUUUCCAGUUCUGCAAGCAAUACAAACGGACGACAGAGUUUCGUAGGCUGUGUGAAAUAAUCAGGAAUCAUCUUGCCAACCUUAAUAAAUACAGAGACCAGAGGGACCGGCCUGAUCUAUCAUCACCAGAAAGUCUACAUUUCUAUCUUGAUACUAGAUUUGAGCAGUUAAAAGUUGCAACUGAACUUGAACUCUGGCAGGAAGCCUUUCGUUCUGUAGAAGAUAUAUAUGGAUUGACAAGCAUGGUUAAGAAAAUGCCAAAAUCUUCCUUGAUGGCUGUAUAUUAUGCAAAGUUGACAGAGAUUUUCUGGAUUUCUUCCAGCCACUUAUAUCAUGCUUAUGCAUGGUUUAAGCUUUUUCAACUUCAAAAGAGCUUCAAUAAGAACCUGAGUCAGAAAGAUCUGCAACUGAUAGCAUCAUCAGUUCUCUUAGCUGCACUUUCAGCUCCUCCAUACGACCAUAUGAAAACAGCAUCUCAUUUAAAACUGGAGCAUGAGAAAGAACGAAAUAUAAUGAUGUACAACCUUAUUGGAUUUAAUAUUGACGUGAAGCCUGAGACAGGAGAAGUGCUGUCCCGGUCAACUCUUCUCAUGGAUCUGGUUUCCAAAGGUGUAAUGACCUAUGUAACCCAGGAAGUCAAAGAUCUCUACCAUCUUUUGGAGAAUGAGUUUCUGCCUCUGGAUUUGGCAUCAAAAGUACAACCUUUGUUGACAAAGAUCUCAAAACUUGGAGGUAAACUAUCUUCAGCAUCUUCUGUACCGGAAGUGCAACUGUCUCAGUACAUUCCUGCUUUGGAAAAAGUUGCUACCUUAAGAUUGCUGCAACAGGUAUCCCAUGUGUAUCAGACCAUGAAAGUUGAGACGUUAACCAAGAUGGUCCCUUUCUUUGACUUUUCGGCAGUGGAGAGGAUCCUUGUUGAUGCUGUCAAACAUAAGUUCGUUGCAAUAAAAGUUGACCAUCUGAAGGGUGCAAUUAUAUUUGGUGACUUGGGAUUCGAAUCUGACCAUCUACAAAACCACUUAGGUGUACUUGGUACAAAUUUAACCAAGUCACGGUUGAUGAUAAAUCCUUCACCAAGCCGAGUAUCUAAAUUGAGUGACAUGCUGCCAAGUUUAGCAGAGAUAAUAGAUAAAGAGCACAAAAGGCUUCUUGCUCGAAAAACGAUUAUUGAGAAGCGGAAGGAAGACCAGGAACGACAGCUAAUUGAAAUGGAACGAGAGGAGGAGACAAAAAGACUAAAACAGCAGAAAAAAGCUGAAGAGGCAGAACAGAUGAGGCUUGCAACCGAGUUUCAAGAAAGGAAGAACCAAAGAAUCCUCAGGGAAAUUGAGGAGCGUGAGCGUGAAGAAGCACAGGCUUUACUAAAUGACGUUGAGAAGCGCAUCAAAAAGAAGGGAAAGAAGCCAAUCAUUGAGGGAGAGAAAGUGACAAAGCAAACUUUAAUGGAGCUAGCACUUCAGGAGCAAGUCAGAGAAAGGCAGGAAAUGGAGAAAAAAUUACAAAAACUAAUUAAAACAAUGGAUCACUUUGAAAGAGCAAAGAGAGAAGAGGCGGCACCCUUGAUUGAAGCCGCGUACGAACGUCGUCUGGGUGAAGAGAAACUGCAUCAUGAACGUCAACAGCAGCUUGAGGUUGAGCUGAGCAGGGGCCGUCAUGAUGGAGAUGUCAAGGAAAAGUAUAGGCUUCAUCGGGUUAUGGAACAUAAGAUGCAAUUUCAGGAAAGAGUCAUGAAGUGCCGUCGGGGAGAAUAUGACAGAAUGAGAUCCGAGAGGGAAGAACGACUCAGCCAAGUUCUUCAGGCACGAAAAGAAGAGAGGGAAAUCAAGAGGAAGAUGCUGUACUGGGUGAGGACUGAAGAGGAAAGACUGAAAAAGUUGCAUGAAGAGGAAGAAGCUCGCAAACGUGAAGAGCUUGAAAGGAGAAAGAAAGAGGAGGCUGAGCGAAGGGCAAAGUUGGAUGAAAUCGCUGAAAAGCAGAGGCAAAGAGAGCAGGAGCUAGAGGAACGAGAGAGACUUAGAAAAGAAGCCAUCUUAAGGGGAACACCAAUCGACAUGCCUGCCAGGCCUUCCGAGAUUCUUGGAGCAGGAUCUAUUGCUCCCGCAGCGGCACCAGCACCAGCACUGGCAGCAGCAGGCUCGGGAUCUUCUGGUGGGAAGUAUGUGCCUAGGUUUCGUAGAAGUGAGCCAUCAGGGCAGGCACCACCUCCGCCUGCAGAAUCUGAUAGAUGGGGCGCCGGUAAGAAGGAUGAUCGUGGGGCGCCAACAAGCGACAAGUGGCGACCUUCCGCUACUAGUGGUUCAAAGACUUGGUCAUCAUCCAGGUUCUCUCGGUGAGGCGUCAAAUUUUGUUUUCUGAGCUCCCUCCCGACACAAGAGGAGU